GAACGUUGCCUUCUAGUAGUGGUCAAAAUAUAUAUUAAACCUACCGAAAUAAGUGUGUAAUCCCUCUCAAAAAGCUCCAGAGUUAAAAUAUAUAAAAUAUAUUUUAAGAGAAGACAAAAAGAUGCUAAAAUCUUUCACAUUUUCACUGGUGCUUCUUAUAUGGAUAUUUUCUGUAGAUGCAAGAUGUUGUAGACCAAGACCAAUUAAUUGUUACACCUGUGAUAGUAGAAUAGACGCAAAGUGUAGAGACCCAUUUGAUUUCUCGUUACACCCGAAAUACCACCCCCCGCUAUCACCUUGUAACGGAUGUUGUGUUAAAAUGGUUCAAAACUCAACUAAACCAAAUGAAGUUAUUCGAAGAAUGUGUACUUCAGAUUUAAGUAUAAAUUUAUUCAAUGUCGAUAAUAUCUGUAUGAAGGAAAGUUCAGGAACGGGUCAUCUAUGUUUUUGUGAAGACGAUAUGUGUAAUAACGUCGAGAUAAAUUUCAAUUUUAAUCUUUUAUACGUAAUAAAAACGAAUCCGCUACAAGAACCAAGCCAAUGUGAUUGGCCGUUUUAA